GUCGUCGUUCCCGUCGUCCUGUCAUCCACGAGACGAUCUCCAGAUGCCCGGACGCGAAAAAUCAGCCACGUGCGUGAAUUUGCGAAAAACGUGCGAAUUAUUUCCCUCGACGUUACGAUGCGUCCAUGCGGCGUGGUUGGCUCAUGCCCGUGCUCUUUUCGUCUCCCGCGUCUUCUUUCGCGCGGCACGAAAGUGGCGACGACGAGAACGGCGACGACGAUGCGGCUGCCGUGACGGGCGGCUGGCAAAAUAAAGUAAUAUUACACACGCGACAGCACUCACCGGCGUUUAAUAAAGUUCUCCGCAAUCCGUGUCCCACGAUUUCCUGCACCGAUGCGUCGUUGUCGGUCUCCACGCCGCGUCCCUUCUCGCCACUGACAGAUACAGAUAAACACAGACUUCUGAAUUGACAGUUCAGGCAGUUGCGCAGGUAACUUCUUUCGGCGUGGCGGCAAGCUUUCAGCGGCUUUAACAGCGGCUCGCAGCACCACCUGUCGCGGACAAAAAGAAUAACAACGCCGCAGAGUCACUCGUGUCGAUAAAACAGCCGGCGAAAAAUCACAUUUGUCAAAAUAUAACCUUCCUUCUCGAACGAAUAUAAAAAUAUAUUUUUCCAUUGCAAAGCGAUAUCGAAGCGCGUAAUAAAUUUAUUUCUAUUUUAAUUUUUUAUCGAUAAAAUUAUGAGGAAGAAUAUGAAUACUCGAAUCAACGGGACAAAUGUCAUUCUGGUGCCGUAUCAAGAGAAGCAUGUCACAAAGUAUCACGAGUGGAUGAAGAAUCCAACGCUGCAAUACUUGACAGGCUCUGAACCGUUAACUUUGGAAGAAGAGUUUGAAAUGCAGAAGCGAUGGCUCGAGGACGAAGAUAAGUGUACCUUCAUUAUUCUGGAUAAAUGCGUCUUCUUGUCCACUGGAAGUGAAACAGAUGCCAUGAUAGGAGACACGAAUUUAUUCUUCAAUGAUGCACAAGAACCACAUAUUGCUGAAAUAGAGAUUAUGAUAGCUGAUGAAGCAAGUCGAGGCAAAAAGAGAGGCUGGGAGUCUAUUAUUCUUAUGAUGCGUUAUGGCUUUGAAACAUUGAAUAACAAAUUUUGCGCCAAAAUAAAAUCAGACAAUGUAAUGAGCAUAAAGAUGUUUGAGAAGCUCGGUUUUCAAGAAAAGAGACCGUUGCUUUGCAACUCGGUGAUCUAUGGUUCGUUCUUCACGAGCGCCGAGCUCAUUCGACAGAAUUUCAGUAAUACAUCCAAGCCAAUCGUCGAAAAGCCUAAAAAUUCCGCGGAUACCAAGGGACCAAUAUUAAUACAGAUACAAAGACUUUGUGAAACGUUGAAUCUCGUAGAUGAAGAUACUUCGAUGCAAUCGACGAAUUAUAAUUGGCCUCAAUUGAAGAGAUGCGCAAUCUAUGGUUGCUUCUUGGCUGGACCAAUAUUAUAUAAAUGGUACAAAUGGCUUGAUACAUUCUAUAGCGGAACAUCCACAAGGAUUGUUCUAACAAAACUCUUUGCGGAUCAAUUUAUCUUCACACCACCGUUAAUUAUGUUUUUUUUCAUCAGUAUGAGUUUAAUGGAAGCUAAAUCUGAUAUUCUUCAAGAAUGCAAAAUCAAGUUUCUGCACACUUUUCAGACUUCAUGUGGAUUUUGGCUACCGGUACAACUUGUAAAUUUUAUGCUAGUUCCAUCGUCUUUACGAGUGACGUACGUCAGUAUCGCUUCCUUCUGCUGGAUCAAUAUUCUUUGUUACUUAAAAAACGUACCUGUUGCUGAAUACAAGCAGACAGAAUAAAAUAUUGAGAAUUUGCAUUAUGUACCUGAAGAAGUAAAUAAGACUUAUUUAUGAGA